AUGGCUGCUCACGUCGAAUACACAGCCAGAAACAUCGAUGCAGAUCUCAUUUUCGGGCGACGUCCCGAAGCCCGUAAUGACGUCCAGGUCGACUUUACCAAAGGCAAGCCGGAAGAUCACAUGGAGUCAAUGCACAAGCUUGACGAAAGGCAUCGAGUAACAAUUCAAGACAUUCGAGGCCAAAAGUCUACCUUUACACUCGAAAGAAACGGUUUCACAUACCUGUCCCAUGUGAUACCAGAGCUAGAUCGGACAUCCGACGAAGAGUGCAUGAAAAACAUAAUCAUCCCUAAGACAGAAGAGCUAGUUCGAACCCUAACCGGCGCAACAAGAACCGUCACGUUUGCCCAUCGAGUCCGCUGCUUCGUGGCCGAUACAGCCCAGCUAGCGAAUAACCGCGCGCCAGCACACAGCGUGCAUUCUGACUUUUCAGCUGCAGGAGCAUUACAUCAGUUGUCGGCGAUUAUACCGGAUGAGAAUGAGCGCAGGACAUUGCUCGCUGGCCGGGUGUUGAUCAUUAAUGUAUGGCGGCCUUUGAAGACGAUCCAGCGGGAUCCGCUGGCUGUCUGUGAUUGGGAUACUGUGGAUGUUCAGAAGGAGAGUAUUCCCAAUCGAUUGAUGCUGCCAACUGGCUGGAAUUCACUCGGGCGGUAUGUGUUUAGUCCCAAGCAGAGGUGGUGCUAUCUUAGCGGCCAACGGCCUGAUGAACCGUUGAUCUUUACGCAGUUCGAUAGUGAUCAGUUUGACUGGGGUGGUGUUACUGUUCCACACACUGCUUUUGUUGAUCCGGAGUAUACGGAGAGUGCUGCCAGAGAGAGCCUUGAGAUUAAGAUGUUUGCAUUUGUGUAG